UGAACAAAGACAUUAAGAUUGACAGUGCAAAGUUGAAAGAAGGAGCUACAGUGGAUGUCACAGCACCCAGCAUUGACGCUAAAGGCCUAUCUGUAGAUGUGAAAGGAAGUGAACUUGAGGGAUCAGAAAGCAAGUUCAAAAUGCCAAAGUUUGGCAUCUCAAUGCCCAAAGGUAAAGGACCUGAAAUUGAUUUGAGUUUAUCAAAAAAAGAUUCAGAUGUCACAUUACCAGAAGCUAAAACUGAGGUCACACUGCCUAGUGUUGAAGUCAAAGAACUGGAGGGUGCCAUUUCAGUACCGGAUGCACCUACAGUUGAGGCUGAAGCUAAGUUGAAACGACCAAGUUGGACAUUUCCAAAAUUUUCAUUUUCAAGAACAGGUGGUAAAGCCCCUGAUGUUGAUGUAAACCUUGAAACACCCAAAGCUGAUGUUACAUCACCAGAGGCCAAAGCAGAAGUCUGUCUACCAGAUGUUGAAGUCAAAGGACCCUCAGGGGAUAUUUCAGUGGAAGAGCCACCUGCUACAGAACUUGAUGCAAACUUGAAAAAAACUAAAUUUUCAUUACCGAAAUUCUCCUUUUCAAAGUCAAGUGUUACUGUACCUGAAGUCAGUGCAGAGCUUCCACGUGUUGAUGUUUCUCUUCCAGAAGGAGAAGUAAUAGUCAAACAACCUGAAAUGGAAAUUAAAGCUCCUGAGCUUGAGGCUGAGCAUGAUGCAAAAGGAGGCAAGUUUAAAUUGUUUGGCACUGCACUACCAAAAGCAAAGGGACCUGAAGUUGAUUUAAAUGCAUCACAGAAAGAUGUAAACAUCACACUGCCAGAAGUUAAAGCGAAACUCCCUGAAGAUGAAGUAAAAGAACCUUCAGCUAGUGUGGAGACUGAAGCAAAGGCAAAAGAUGCUGGAGGAUCACCACUGAAAUUUAAAAUGCCAACGCUGAAAAUGCCGAAAUUUGGAGGUGCUUCCUAUGAUGUCAAUGCAGAAGCACAUGCUGCAGACAAAGCUGAAACUGAUAAAGCCAAACUUCAGGAAGUUGUUACUGUCAGCAUCAAAGGCCCAAGUGUUGAUAUUAAAACUGAUACACCCAAAGCAGCAAUAUCCGAUUCUGAAAUGCCAAAGACUGAGACUGACGGCGUGGGUCAUGUAUCUCCAAGUAAAUUCAAACUGCCAUCAUUUAAAAUGCCAAAGCUGAGUUUCUCUAAAUCCAAACCUGAAGAUGAAUAUACCCCUAGUGACAAUGAAUACAAAGAGGAUCAGCUGCAAAUUGAAGUUGAGCCGCAAGAAGGGAGUAAAUCACCAAAAAUGACUUUAACGUCAUUUGGUGAGAUCCUUAAGAACAUUGAUGUUGAAUUUGAUGUUCCUACAACGGAAAAGGUGGAAGACAAUCUUGAAACAUCAAAGGAAGUUCAUGAAAAAGGUGAACCCACUGGAAAGCAGUUAGAGGCAAAGGAAAAGGAAACAAUUACCAAGCAAGAUAGCACCAAAAGUCCUGAGAGGACAGGAUGGUUUAAAUUCCCCAAGUUUGGACUGUCCUCCCCAACAGAACCUACCAAGAAAUCUGAAAAGGGUGAGCACAAGGAUGAAAAGAGCCCAGUAGGGGAAAUGGGGGAUGAGGAAAUAAGCCCCACCUGUUCUGUCUUGUCAUCAGAUGCCUUUGCUGAUAUUAGCUCUACAAUGACAAGUGAGAACAUUGGCCUGUCCUUAUCCUCUCCAACUAAGGUUACUGUCAAAUACUCUGAUCCUAAUGCUGCUACAGGGUUUGGAGAGAUACACAGUAACAUCAUUACCUCCACCACAAGGACUGGACUGAUUUCAGUUGAGCCCAACUUGCCUGAGAAAAUCACUAUUCUGUCAUCUGGAGUUUCAUCUUCAUCGGAAGACACGUUGAGACUGGAAUCUGGAAAAAUACAUGUCAUAACAUCAAAUAUACAAGCAACCCCAGACGCACAGCAUGCCACGCUACUAACUGCUGUCCAGGUCCAAUCAGCCGGAGGCCUCCCCCUGAAAUCAGAGGCUAACAAGGCUGCGUCAUGGACUGUUGAUGAUUCACAGAGCGGCAAGAGAACGGUCUUUGAGAGGCACUUAGUUCGGGAAACAUCAAGCGAAAGAAGUGAAAGCAAAGAAACAAUUGUCGUAACUAAACAAAUUACACACAUAUUUGACUCUUCUGAGCCCAUCUCAGGUGAGACGGCCUCGUCCAUACAACGACUGAGAGACUCUGUGCACUCUGAGAAAAUGAGGUUCUUUGAUGGAGCUGAGAAGUGAAAUAACUUUGUGUAAAUUAUGUCUAAAGAUACAGUCAAUCCCCUGGCUGGUGGGUUGUGAAUUUCACUGGUCACAGUCAUGUGAGAGGAAAGUGAGAGUGGGAAAACAUGUUGACAACUGGAAAAGGUAGUUUGAGUUUUGGCUUACCAAUCAUAGGAAAGAAUUUGUCAGUCUUCAGGUGUUAUCGUUGAUCUCUGGUUGCAUGUCGUUGACCUACAAAGAGAUGGAUUAAUGUACUUCACACUGACAGUGUGAUCAAGUUGUUAAUAAGCUGUGCAACUGAGUGCCCUUACUGCAAAUUAGGAUAGGACUUCAUAUUUAUAUCUUUGCUUAUGGUACAGAACUAAAUUAAGCCAUGUCUUUUGCUUAUCAAUCUCUCUCUUUGUGGUUUCCUAGUUUUUAAUGUACAACUUUGUACAAUUUUGAUCCGAGUUACCUGUGCUCUUAUUAAUCAGAUGAUAACCACCAGUGCAUUUGAUUAAAAAAAAAAAUGGUUGAUGCAAAAAUCUGAACAAGACUGCUGGCAAAACUCAAUCUAUGUUACUGACAUUCCAAAAAUAUUUUUACAAUAAUUUCACUGUAAAGUUGACAGUAGAGAACACACUCAAAUACAACAGUGCAGUAUAGUGUAUGUCAGAAAAAUGAAUAUGUACAUGUAUCACCAAGAUAUUGUUGUUGCUGUAGCUAAAAUGUAAAGAAACAAUAGCAAUGCAAAACUGAAAUGAAACGCUUAUGAUCGAACACAGCAAGUGUACUGCUGCAACUAUAUUUUUAGUAAUACUUUGCUACUUAGAGCCUAAUUUGCUAUGAUAAAAUUAAUAUAUCAUGUUGGGUUUUUUUUUCAAUAUCUCUGUACAAAGUGGGAAUAUUGAACUGGCUGUGUAAAUAGCUUUUAAUGACCUCUGGAGUUUUUAUUUGAUUACUGCUCCUGUUUGUAUUCUAAUAGGCUUUAACUCAACGUGUUUGCACAGUUAUACACAAUAAAUAAAUAUUAUAAUAUGCAAAAAUGAAA